UCAGCAGAAGGCCACUCGGAGGCUUUGGCGCCGCAAGCUCCGGGCCAGGGGUGGGGAGGAACGCGGAACGUCGCCUCGGGCCGCCCGCCUGGCCGUUCCGCCGUCGUGCCGCAUAGUUGUGCGGUUUUCUUCCCGCUCGGAGGAGCCGCAACAGCGGCGACGUCGGAACAUAAAGGGUCUCGCUUCGCGGGCCAAACAAAAUCCCCUGGCAACGGGCAGACCGUUUAGAACUAGAGCUGUUUCCGAGGCGCUGGUAAAUGGUAUAUUUGUAUCCAGUGUUGUUCUCAUCUUGUCACAGCGGUCACUUUUCAAGUUUUACAUGUACAGCUCAGCCUUUCUAUUAGCUGCAACUUCCGUGUUGGUGAAUUAUUACGCCUCUUUGCACAUCGAUUUCUAUGGUGCCUACAACGCAUCGGCUUUCGGAAUCGAACUGCUUCCGCGGAAGGGUCCCUCGCUGUGGAUGGCCCUCAUCGCUCUCCAGCUCACCUUCGGCAUUGGAUACAUCACCCUCCUCCAGCUUCAGUCCGUCUACUCCCAGCUGAUCAUUUUGGACCUCUUGGUUCCUGCCAUAGGCUUAAUCACAGAGCUGCCGUUGCACGUCCGAGAGACUCUAGUCUUCACCUCCUCUUUGGUUCUCACGUUGAAUACAGUGCUUGUCCUGGCAGUGAAGCUCAAGUGGUUUUACUACUCCACGCUGUAUGUUUACCUUCUAGUGAGGCACAUGUAUCGCAUCUACGGGCUGCAGCUGCUGAUGGAGGACACGUGGAAGAGGGUGCGCUUCCCGGACAUCCUGCGCGUCUUCUGGCUGACGCGAGUCACGGCGCAGGCCGCGGUGCUGGUGUACAUCCUGAGGGUGGCAAGUGAAGCAGACUCCUCCUUCCUUUCUUGGGACGACUUCUGGGACCUGGUGUGCAACCUCAUCAUCAGCGGGUGCGAUUCCACCCUGACUGUGCUGGGCAUGAGUGCGGUCAUCUCCUCAGUCGCCCACUAUCUGGGGCUUGGCAUCCUGGCCUUCAUCGGAUCGAACGAGGAGGAUGACCGGCGGCUUGGCUUUGUGGCCCCGGUUUUGUUUUUCAUUUUGGCCCUUCAGACGGGGCUGAGCGGGCUGAGGCCAGAGAAGAGACUCGUCCGCCUAAGUAGAAACAUGUGCCUUCUGCUGACGGCCGUGCUGCACUUCAUCCACGGCAUGACCGACCCCGUGCUGAUGUCUCUCAGUGCCUCGCAUGUGUCGUCGUUGCGUAGACACUUCCCUGUGCUGUUUGUCUGCACCUGCCUGCUCUUCCUCCCCGUCCUCCUCAGCUACGUCCUGUGGCAUCACUACGCGCUGAACACGUGGCUGUUUGCGGUGACAGCCUUCUGCGUGGAGCUCUGCUUGAAGGUCAUCGUUUCCCUCACUGUCUACACGUUGUUCAUGACUGACGGCUACUACAACGUCCUCUGGGAGCAGCUCGACGACUACGUCUACUACGUCCGGUCAACAGGCAGCGUCCUCGAGUUUGUGUUUGGCGUCGUGAUGUUUGGGAACGGGGCCUACACCAUGGUGUUUGAGUCGGGAAGCAAGAUCCGGGCUUGCAUGAUGUGCCUGCACGCCUACUUCAACAUCUACCUACAGGCCAAAAGCGGCUGGAAGACGUUCAUGAACCGCAGGACUGCCGUCAAGAAGAUCAACUCCCUGCCCGAGAUCCAGGGCAGCCGCCUGCGAGACGUGGACGAUGUGUGUGCCAUCUGCUACCACGAGUUCACGACAUCGGCUCGCAUCACGCCCUGUCAUCACUACUUCCACGCGCUUUGCCUUCGGAAAUGGCUGUACAUCCAAGACACGUGUCCCAUGUGCCACCAGAAGGUGCACAUCGAGGACGAUGCCAAGGGCCGUCCGAACGUGUCGAACAACAACGGGCUCGUCGCGCCCAACGGCCACCCCGGGGAAGCGCCAAGAGACGCUGCUGCCGCGUCGGACAGGGAGCUGAGCGAAGGGGCCGGCACCGGCGGCGACGACGAGGCGCAGAGGGAGCGGGGCACGGUGGCCCGGCCCCCAGGCCCAGCGGCGGCAGAGCUCACGGACGACACCAACUGAUUCCCUUGCAUUCGUUAAUCACUGAGGUAUUGGCUUAAAAUUCAGUUCGCCCCCAACGGAGUCACACACGUCACCUUCUGUGUGUGACCGAGCACAGAAACAGUAUCCAUGUUGACCCUGUGAAUGGUUUUCCGUUGACUGUGACGUGCUGCUGUAAAUAUACCUCUUUAGUUACUUCUGGUCUCUCUGGUGACCUAUUUAAAUUUGUGUACGUUAUUGUACAUAGAAUAAAAUGUUUUCACGUUUUCAUGACAGAAUUUGAACAGAUAGCUUUUUAAUAGAUGGAGUAAUCGUACGGUGCGUCAACUGUGCCAAAGAUUCUCUAACGAAAUUACAUGUGACGUAUCUGACUCUGGACCCUGGUUUUUCUUUAGAAUGGGAGGGACAAUGAAAACGCAAACCAGGAAAGCACACGAAAGUCAAGGAAACAAAAUAACUCAGACCAGAGGAUAAAGGCUAUAUUAAGCGUACUUUAAAACUAAACAAGAAAUUAACCUGCCAGAAGCAAUUGAGAACCUUCUGGGUCACAGCACAGCUGAGCAAGGUUCAAAAGUCAUGAUUCGGAGACUGGGAGAUUGAGAAAUAAACUUACGUCACCUAAACUUUGAUAUAAACCAGAAUGUGCUGUUUGAUUUUUAUGUAAAAUCAGGGUAUUUGUUAGCAUUCUGUGUUUGCAGUGUUGCCACAAGAUUGCCCUUUUAAACUUUUGAAGAGAUUACGCAAUGAACAGUUGGGGAUUUUCAUUGUUUUGAGUUGAGGCAUUCAUCAAAUGACAUUAAAAACUCCUGAUUUUAUGGGGGAAGAAAAAACAGCGUGUAGUGAUAUAUAAUAUCUCCUUAGACAACUUCAGAGAAUUUCUUUAUUGAAACUGUCAGUAAGUUUUACCAUAAAAUUUUAUAUGCCAGGAAAAAA